CAUUUCAUAUCAGUAAAGUUACAAUAUGAAAUCUAUAACGUUUACAUUAUGUUUAAUUGUUACAAAGAUUCAAUGUGCUUGUGUUCCGUCCUUAUACGAACUUGCAUGCGAAAAUCUAUCCGACCUUAAAAAUGGCAAAAAUGAAGAUCAAGUUACAUUAACCAUUGGAAACGCACGGAAAACUCCCACCGAAACUCUGUCUCCGGGCACGUUCAAAGAAUAUCCAAAUUUGGAAGAGCUCGUCAUAGUAUCGGCAGUAAAUAAGCUUGAGGUGGACGCAUUUCGUGAGUUAUCCAAGUUGUUGGUGCUUAAAAUGUACAAAAAUUCAAUAUCCGUGCUUCCGGACUUUGCGUUCAUAGUACUCCCACAUUUAGUAAAAUUGGACUUGCGAGAUAAUAAUAUUCAGCAAAUAGCAACCUACGGUCCGUUCCUCUUCCAGAAUCUCAAAACUGUAAACUUAUCAUUUAAUAAACUGCGCGAUUUAAACUGGCAGUGUUUUGCAGCGCCUGGCCUGGAAAGGUUAAUAGUCACCAAUAAUAGAAUACAAGAGAUUGGGGCUAGAGGCGUCUUGUCGCCCGAUUUGAUCACUUUAAAUUUAGCCAGCAACGAGAUAUAUCAUCUGGAGGACGACGUCUUUCAGGACUUAAAACAAUUGGAGGAGCUUGUGUUGUCUCAUAAUCGAUUUACGACUCUUUGGACGAAAUUUAAGGUAAAAUCUUUGAAGAAGUUGGACCUCUCGCAUAAUCGAAUUACUGCAAUUCAAGAUUCUGUAUUUGAUGGAAUACCACAAGUUGAGAGAAUUUAUUUAAAUGAUAACCUACUGAAGAAGUUACCGCCCCAAUUUGCGACACUAAAUUUAACCGUCGUGCAUCUGCACAACAAUCGAUUACAAAAUUUGGAAAUGAUCACCUUAAACCCGUUUAGCUUUGAAUUAACUUUCAGUAAGAACCCCUUAUCUUGCCUAUGUCUCGAUAAUUUAAUCUUGUUAAUGGAGUUAAAGGGAAUUACUACAACCGAUUGUCAACGUGAGUAUUACAAAAAUGGAAUGAAUCCAACUUGUAUUGCUCUUGAGCUGGAUGAGUGGAAAUGGGAUAAUGGCAAGUGUUCGCACAACGUAGUUAUGGAAGACUAUCUUUAUCAAUUUCUUGAUAUGAAUGAGAAUAUUACCGACUGUCAAUAAAGCGUAACAUGCAAAAUGA